CCCGCCCCCGCCCAGCCCCGGGCAGCAGCCGCCGCCUGUGCGCCUCGCUCUGCCCGCGGCUCCUGUGGCCAGCUCCGCGUUGCGCCCGCGCCCACGCCCACGCCCGCCCGGAUCCUGAUGGGCAGAGGAGCUGAAGCCGCUGGGAGGCCCCAGAGCGCGCUUGGCCCCAGCUGGGGCCGGAGUUAGGAUCCCGACCUUGCAGAGCGGUGUCACCCAUCCGCCCCCAGCCCAAGUGCUGGAGCAGGUGACAGCAUGGCCUUCUCCCAGGUGCAGUGUCUGGACGACAGCCACGUGAACUGGCGCUCCAGCGAAUCCAAGCCGGAGUUCUUUUACAGCGAGGAGCAGCGGCUGGCCCUGGAGGCCCUGGUGGCCCGUGGCCCCGAGGCCUUCUACGAGGUGCUAAAGCGGGAGAACAUCCGCGACUUUCUCUCGGAGCUGGAACUCAAGCGCAUCUUGGAGACUAUUGAGGUGUACGACCCGGGCUCUGAGGAUCCACGGGGUACCAGCAGCCGCUCCCAGGGGACCCAGGUCAACGGGGUGGGUGAUGGAGAGGAAACCAGUGGGGCAGAUGGGACCCCCACUGAGGCGGAGCCGCUUCCACUGCCCUCGCUGGAGUACUGGCCCCAGAAGUCCGACCGCUCCAUCCCACAGCUGGACCUAGGCUGGCCCGAUACCAUCGCCUACCGCGGAGUGACCAGGGCCAGCGUCUAUAUGCAGCCCCCCAUAGACGGGCAGGCCCACAUCAAAGAGGUGGUGCGCAAGAUGAUCAGCCAGGCCCAGAAGGUGAUAGCUGUGGUCAUGGACAUGUUUACCGACGUGGACAUCUUCAAAGACCUGCUGGACGCUGGCUUCAAGAGGAAGGUGGCUGUGUACAUCAUUGUGGAUGAGAGCAACGUCAAGUACUUCCUGCACAUGUGUGAGCGGGCCCGCAUGCACCUGGGACACCUCAAGAAUCUCAGGGUACGCAGCACUGGGGGAACUGAGUUCUUCACACGAUCAGCCACCAAGUUCAAGGGCGCCCUGGCCCAGAAGUUCAUGUUCGUGGAUGGAGACCGGGCUGUGUGCGGCUCCUACAGUUUCACGUGGUCAGCUGCCAGGACAGACCGGAACGUGAUCUCCGUGCUGUCUGGCCAGGUGGUGGAGAUGUUUGACCGGCAGUUCCAGGAGCUGUACCUCAUGUCUCAGAGCGUCAACCUCAAGGACAUCCCCAUGGAGAAGGAGCCGGAGCCAGAACCCAUCGUGCUACCCUCUGUAGUCCCCCUGGUAUCCACGGACACCGUGGCCAAGAAGCUCGUCAACCCCAAGUAUGCGCUGGUCAAGGCCAAGAGCGCCGAUGAGAUUGCCAAGACCUCCUCCGAGAAAGAGGAGACGAAGCGACCCCCAGGGCUGCGGGGCCCCAUGCUGGCUGAGCGGCCGGGGGAUUUCCCUGAGCUGCUGCCACCUGUCCAUCCGGGACUGCUCAACCUGGAGAAGGCCAAUAUGUUUGAAUACCUGCCCACCUGGGUAGAGCCAGACCCAGAGCCUGGCAGUGACAUCCUGGGCUACAUCAACAUUAUCGACCCCAAUAUCUGGAACCCCCAGCCCAGUCAGAUGAACCGCAUCAAGAUCCGGGACACCUCCCAUGCCAGUACCCAGCACCAGCUGUGGAAACAGAGCCAGGAACGACGCCCCUCCCCAGAGCCCUGCCCACCCCCAGGGCCCAGUGACCCCCACGAUGGGGUCCCAGCUGAGAAUGGCCUUCCCCGGGGAGACCCCGAGCCUCAGCUCCCUGUGCCGAAGCCCCGGACAGUCCCCGUGGCAGACCUGCUUGCCCAGGAGGGCAGUGACGUGGACUGGGCUCUGGAGACCCCGAAAGAGGAGACACCUCCAAAUGGGACGGACCUCAGGCUACCCAGGACGGUGGAGCCAAGCCAUCCCCCACUCCAGCGGCAGCUGUCUGUGACCCAGGAUGACCCCGAUGGCAUUGGGUCCGUGUUCCCCAAUGGGCUGGAUGGUGGAGAAGAAGAGGAAGACGAUGAUGACUACGUGACUCUCAGUGACCAGGACAGCCUCUCUGGCAGCUCCGGCCAUGGCCCUGGACUCCGGCGGCCCUCUGUGGCCUCUUCCAUGUCGGAUGAAUACUUCGAGGUGAGGGAGCGCUCAGUCCCUCUUCGAAGGCGCCACUCAGAGCAGAUGGCCAAUGGACCAGCCCAACCACCCCGCCGGCAGCUGAGCGUACCCCACAUAACCCGAGGGACCUUUGGGGGACCCUUGGGUGGCUCCCCAUGGCCACAUGGUCGGGGGAGAGAAGAGGCAGAUGCAUCAAGGAAGAUGCAGGCCCAGCGCUCUGCAGACAAGGCGGCACAGGGCCAGCAAUUCCACCGUGAUGGCCCUGCCUCAAAGACCCCAGGAGGUCCCCGGUACCGCCCUGCUGCUGAUGGCGCCCAGAGCUCUCCCAGGAAAGUGACCCUGGCCUCAGUAGGCCCCCAGCACUGGCAGCCCAAGGGCAGCCCGACAGCCCGCAUACUGCCCGAUCCCCGGAGCCCAAGGCCAACACGAAACACCCGCAUCUUGGCUGAUAGCAGAGCCACUGAGGAGCGUCCGAGUCCCUUUGGAAUCCCAUUUUCCAAACUGUCCCAGUCAAAGCACCUAAAAGCCAGGUCGGGGGGCAGCCAGUGGGCCUCGUCUGAUUCUAAGCGGAGGGCCCAGGCACCUCGGGACCACAAGGACCCCUAGCAGCCCCGUCCGGGCUGGACCCACCAGAGCCCAUGCUUGGAAGGCAGGAAGGCAGAGAGGGUGUGCGUGGCUGGCACUUGCCUGGUCGGUGCACCAGUACCAGGUGGCCAUGAUGGUCAGGCCGAAGGUCAUCCCGGUCCAUGGGAGGUCCCCUGUGUAGGGAUCCCGGAACAUGUGCAUGGCAUCUGUGCGUGGCAGGUGGCAGGUGGUAUUGGCGAUGGUCCUGGAGGGGAUGGCCUGGGCAUACGCUGCCUCCAGCUGCCCAUAUCCGCCGAUCUGGUCGAAAGCUGGAAGGGUUGGGCAGGACAGGGACAGUUUGGUUGGGUGGCCCUGACUCCCCAGCUCCUGCUGCACUUCCUCAUCUCACGAAUAACAUCCUAAUGCAUCAAACUGGAAUUUUUUUUCUACCUUGCCUUUCCUGGCAUUUGGGAAGGUGUGGUGGGUAGAGGGUUUCAAAAAAAAAAAAAAAAGGUGAAAUUAAAUAACUAUUUUAUUUGUAUUUAAGAUAAUACUAUUAAAUGAGCAUUUUGCACAUGGACACCACUGUGUCCACUUGGCCUGGUGGGAAUCACUGCUGGUCUCCAGAUGCCUGUGGGCCUCCGAUAAGGGGUUCUCCACCAGGUUUUGAACUGCCCAUUCAAGGAAGCAAAACAUUUUUUUCUUGGCACUCAAAAGACUUUCCUGAGGCAUCUAAAGUGUUAAAUGUCCUGACCCAGGUUCCCAAAGGUUGUGAUUUUAGUAGAGCCAAGAAUGGUGGCAGUGAUGUGGCUCCUCCAAGAUCAUGCAGCCUGCUGGGCAGGUGGAGCUCAAGCCAGGGGUCUCUCAAGUCCAGAGCAAAUCUUUCCCCUCGUUGUUUCUGUCUACCUCGGGGUCAGGACUCCACAUGGCCAAGCCCUGGCCUGUCUGUGGUUUGGCUAUAGCUGUGGUCACUCCAAUCCCAUCCAGACUGGGCCUAGCUAUCUGGGUCCCCCAUGUGCAGUGAGGUUUGUGGAUGUCGGGUCCAUGGACUAAGAGGAGGAAGCCUGUCUCUGCCCCAAGCCCUGUUCCCCAGCAGAUCAUGGAAGAGGGAACCUGUUGCCUACACUAGAAGCCGGGCCAGGAUCUGUGUUCAGGGGUCUAUGCCAGUAUCAAAGCAAAGGUACAGAUGCUACACAAGGCUUAGAGUUUGCUCAACUGCAGGAUCUCAGAUUCUGAGUCUGGAAAUCUUUAAAGGCUUUCAUUCGCCCUCUGUGGGAUCCUCCCGGCUCUGCUUGUGUACUUCAGGGACAGGGAGCUCACUACCUCCACCCUACCCCCCAGCCCCUGGCAGCCCUAUAAGCUAUUCCCAGACCCAUGUCAUCACUCUGUCUAAAUGCUCCUCUCCCCUCCCCUGCCUCUAGCAGUAGGUAGCAUCACCUUUCAGGAUUCUGUACCUGAUCUUAAACAAUUGGAGGAGACGCCUGGGCAGUGUUGUGGUCUCCUAAUUGCUGCCUCCACACCCUCCGGCAGCCCCACCUUGCUGUCACUCCUGAGCCUGAGCGGCACACGGCAGGCCCUGUGUUCUUGAGUCAGCUCCUGACCCGGCCCACAGCUGGUGACAGCUGGGCAGCGGGGCAGCCAGGAGAGGCCUGCAAGGGAUGGUUGCCUAGCAGCGCGACCUCAUUGGUCCUGUGGCAGCCCACCCCCCUCUAUAGCCAUGACCCCCAGCCCUUACCUUUGACCGCCAGGAUGACAGCCCCCACCACCAUGAUGAUGGUCUGCAGGGCAUCUGUGUAGAUCACAGUGGCCAGGCCCCCUGUGGGGAACAAGGUGACAGGAGGUGGGGUCCCUUGGCCUCAAAGGAGGCAACUUCUAGAGCUCCUGUUGGGGCAGCUGUUCCCAGAUGUGCCCCCUACCCUUUCAGAGGUGGAUGAGCAAUAAAGCACCUGGUCCCACUCCAUGGGGGGUCUCCCCACGGAGCCCACGGUGCUUCCUGUGUGUCUCCUGGCUCUGCCCAAGCCAGUGGUGGGCAGGCCCUCCCUUUAGGCCCCUGCCCUGACCCGGUCAGAGGAGCCAUACCUGCAAUGGUGUACAGAGCGGUAAUGAUAAGCGUGAGGAUGGUGGAGAGGUAAAAGUUCCACCCCAGGCAGAUGUGCACGAAGAGGGCCCCGGCGUACAGGUCGAUCUGAGGAAGAGAGAGGUUUGGGGUAGAAGGUUACCAGGACUCGACGGUCAGAGCCCUGGCGCUGCACUGAUGGGCCAUGUGACCUGGGAAAUGCCCUUUCUGGGCCUGGAUGCCCCUUGGAUGAGGGAGGGGAGACCCCUGUCCACCCGCCCGCAUCCUGGGGCUGUUGUGAGGGUGGGAGGAAGAAGCGGCCUCGGCAGCUGUGAGCCAUGUGCAGAUGCACCAGGGAUGUACUGUCAUGAAUAAAGUCCAAGGUGGCCAGUGCCCACCAGAAAGCA